AUGCUACAUGAUGCUACCAAUACAGCUGCCUCUGCACCCCGUGCUUUGUGGCAGGCAUGUGCUGCAUGCCUCAUCGCUGGCUGCAUUCUUGGCGCGAACCUAGCGCAGGCACUGAGAAUCUCAGCCACAGCAAGAUGCGUCGGUGAUCUUAGUGUCUGCCCGGCAGGCUUCACUUUCUGGAGACUGUCUUGUCAGGGCCCCAAAAUCUUAAUUGCUGGUGUGCAGGCACGCAGCCUGCCUUCAGUCAACUUUUCAGCUCAGGCGAGCGAUGAUGUCAGCGCCCUGCAGGUUCGGCAAGAGGAGAUCCCAAAGGCCCCCUCCAACCAGUCACUCUCACUGCAGCAGAGCCAGAGCCAGAGUCUCAUGUUCACUGAGCAGGAUCCAGUCAUGCGACUGAUUGGGAACUUUUUGCGGAUGCCAUCGCCGGAGCCAAACCAGCAAAUCCGGAUGAGCCGGCCUCUGAUUUUCAUGCAUCAAGCCAAGUCCGGCGGCACAUCCCUCAGGGAGCUGCUUUACAACGCCUCCAUAAGAAAGGGAUGGAAGCCGUACAUCCAGUGCUACGGUUCUGUGGGGUGCCAAGAUUUCCAAGCUCCGAAAACGAAAGCGACUGUUUACGCUGGGCAUUUCUGUUGGGACGAGUUUGCAGAGAACCUGCGCCACCGCGGGGUAAAUCAGUUCUCGUGCGUCACCAACUUUCGGAAGCCGUUCUACCGCAUCCUGUCCUGCUACUCCUACCGCGCCGUGGGUGUAAGGCGGGAUGCGCCGGAGUGCAUGGCGAAGCUCACGCCCGACCAGCUCCGGGAUGUCCUCCUCCAGGUCGGCUGCGUCAACGAGCCCUUCCGCAGGCUCAGUGGCGAAUGCUCUGUGAUCUCUCAUGCUGGCGACUACUCCUCUCAGGCUCGAAGUGAAGUGUGGGACAGUACCUUGCGGAACCUCGCUCAGUGCGUGCCCUUGUUCCUGGAGGAGCCACAGUCCAUGAAGGUGGCAGCGGCCUAUUUCCCGCAGCUCACGGGCAGCUUCUUGAGCCUGGCAAAUGUAAACCUCAAUGAGAACACGAAGUACAACCCCAAGUGCAACAUUCCUGAGAGCCACUACAACGUGAUCAGGGAGCUUGCCAAGUCGGAAGAGAUGUUGUACGCAACAGCCAAGCGGAGGAUGUGGCACCUUCGGUCCAAAGUCGCAAACCUUUUGGAGGAAGAGCCUGACCUAUUGGAGCAAGAACCUGAGCCUGCACAGAUCUGA